AUGCCUUCGCACAUCGAGCGACUCAAAGGAGUACCCCGUAGGGCUUUGGCAUACCUUCUUUCUCAAGAGCCAAGCUGGAAAAUUUCCGCCGAUCUGCUAAGUGGUAUUGCAGAAGCAGCCGAGCACCCCUCUUUAGAAGUGGAGGGAUCUGUGACACUACCGUCUGAGGGUAAGUCAAGCCAGCUUUCAGACAGCGCUCUUCCCCACAGCCAAAGUGGCUCUGCGGCCUCAAGCCCUCUUCCCCACAGCCAAAGUGGCUCUGCGGCCUCAAGCCCGACUCAGACUACAGAUGCCAUGGACGGUACUUCGAACCCUCUGCCCACCGAAUUCACUUUGUACUGGCAGUCGAAAGCUCCAAGAUACAGUGGUGACUUAGAUACCUACAUCUGGCAGCCUUACCGAAAGCCUCCUCCGUUCACCUUCGUUAAAUUGCAUAUUGUCAACACAGAAACACCGCAAAACUUGAGGAUGAUACUUCUCUUUAAAGAGACUCGCUCCUUGUGUGAUUUCCGGAAUCGACACCAAAGUGUUGCCCGACAGCAGGUUGCCACCGAAGCCUGGUCGUCUGUUACUGAAUUGGCACGAUCGAUAUUGGCGGUGUGUGAAACGAUACUGUCAGACAUGGUCGACUUCUUGCAAUGUACCUCGAAAGAAAUAACUAGACUGACAUUCGAGGGCCGCGCCUAUCCUCGUGUUGAAAAAAUACAGUAUCUGAUACACAUGAAUGAUUGCAGGAAACGAGCGGAGCUCGAUAUGAGGCAAGACGCUAAGCAACUUGAAGAUGUCAUCAAGACCAUCCAAUCACUAGCACCGCCUCCACAAAGCCUGGACAAAGAGAUUAAGACGUUGGGCGCUCGGACAGCCGAUUUCAAUUACAUUCUCAAGGAACUUGCGAUUCGUGGGACAGCCAUUGAUAGCCUGCAAAAAGAGUUCAAGCAGCAUUCCAUCCAAUAA